AUGGCUGCACCUUCCGGUACGAUGCGCGCCGUGCAGUACGACAGAUACGGCGGAGGAGCACAAGGGCUCAAGCAUGUGGAGGUGCCGAUCCCGUCGCCGAAGAAAGGCGAGGUGCUCAUCAGGAUGGAGGCCACCAGCAUCAACGUCGCCGACCUCAGGUUUCAGAACGGCAUCGCGCGGCCCUUCUUGCCCAGGAGGUUCCCGUUUAUCUCUGGUUUCGAUCUAGCAGGAGAAGUCGUGGAGUUGGGCGCAGGAGUGAGCAACUUCAAACCAGGGGACAAGGUUAUUGCCAUCAACUUCCCGAACGGCGGAGGGCUCGCUGAGUACGCGGUCGCGUCAGCGUCUCGUACAGUCGCAAGGCCUCCCGAGGUGUCGGCCGUUGAUGGCGUCUGCGUACCGAUUGCCGCAGUCACCGCGCUCCUGGCGCUGCAGAGAGCCGGGGUCAACCUGGACCCGGCCCACGCCUCUACAACUACGCGCAAGAACGUGCUGGUCACCGCGGCCUCCGGCGCCGUCGGCCACUUCGUGGUGCAGCUGGCCAGGAUGGGCGGCCACAACGUCACGGCCACCUGCGGCGCGCGCAACCUGGGCCUGGUCCGGAGCCUGGGCGCCGACGAGGCGCUGGACUACAAGACCCCCGAGGGCGCCAAGCUACGGAGCCCCUCCGGCAGGGAGUACGACGCGGUGGUGCACUGCGCCACGGGGUUCCCCUGGUCCGUGUUCAGGCCCGUGCUCGCCGCCAAGGGCACGGUCGUGGACAUCACGCCCGGGUUCGUGGCCGGCGUCACCGCGAUCCUCCAGAUGCUGACCUUCUCCAAGAAGAGGCUGGUGCUGCUCUUGGCGAUGCCCAAGAAGGAGGACAUGGAGCUUCUGCUGGGCAUGCUGAAGCAGGAGAGGCUCAAGACGGUCAUCGAUUCCCGGCAUCCGCUGGGCAGUGCUCACGAAGGCUGGGCCAAGAGCAUGAGCGGCCACGCCACCGGCAAGGUCGUCAUAGAAAUCGGAGCCGCGAGGCCAGAAUAG